AUGCCGAGUUUCCUGUCGUCGUCGCAGCUUCAGUCGCACCGAUCUGCGACGUCGCUGCCAACCACGGGUAUUCUGCGAUCUGCGGGAUGGGACGACAGCAGCGACAAGCUCGAGGAGGAAAAGCGGCGUUUAUUGCGGAAACUCAAAGGACAGGAGUAUUUGCUGUCAAGGGUGACCGCGGGCCGACUCGCACUCCCCGAUGGCGGCGCGAAGCUGUCCGCGCAGGUGCGCAAGCUGCACGCGCAGCUGCAGCGGGUCGAGUCGCUGCUAGCGGCACACGCGGCGCAGCAGGCGGCGGGGGAUGCGGACGAGCAGGAAGCGGACAGCGCGAGUGUCGCGUUUAGGGUUUCGGGGAGGAGAGAGAGUGGGGGAGGGAACGUGAAAGGCGAUGCUGGUGCUGUUACUGCUGCUUCGUCUGGUGUGAGCGGCAUGAGAGGGGAUGAGGGAGAGGCGAUGAUGGGGAGGAUGUUGGAGGAUGGAGCAGAUUCGACGACGAGUCGUGUGGCAAGGCGGGAGGGUGAGAUGAUGGGAGGGGACAGCGGAGCAGCAGGAGAGGAUGGGAUGAUGCGAGGGGAAGGCGGAGUGGGAGGGGUGGAUAGGGCUGGAGGAGAAGGCAGAAUGGCAGAGGUGGUGGAGGAAGGGGUGGGGGAUAGCAGCGGACUGGUGUCAACCGUUGCUGUUGCUGCAGUUACUGUCACUACCUCUGCUUCUAUGGACGCCGCUGGUGCUGCUGCUGCUACAUCAGGCGGGGCAGCAGGCGGAGCAGAAGGCGUGCCCGCAGGAGAAAGGGUGGCGGAAGGAGCAGAGCGCAAGGAAAGUGCAGAGCGCCGUGGCACACAGCAACGAGAAGGGGACAUCACACAACGGAAGAGGGAGAUGUACAUGUACAGAGACACAGCCGCGGACAGCCAAGGGGACAGCACAGGCUCACUCCUCAAACCAUCUAUGAAGCCGUCCUCUGGUCCAGGUGCAUCGGUAUCAGGUGUAUUGGUAUCCUCUGGGCUAGCUGCAUUGGGUGCAUCGGUGCGCACGCGCACGUCGUCCUUCCAGCCGUCCUGCUCGUCUGCCGCCAUGCGCCGCCUCUGGUCGCUGCACCGUGCGGUGGAAACCACCAUCGACGACCCGGCUCUGGAAGCUGCGGGUCGGCUGGAACAAGGCGGGGGUGCAGGUAGCGCAAACGGUAUUGGCUUUGCCGGAGGUGCUGUGAGUGCUGGGAACGGAGGGAGCGGAGGGAGAGAAGGGAGUGCAGGGAGCGCUGGCACGAGGGUGUCUCUCCCUGCUGGUUCCAGCGCCCCUCGUGUGGGGUCGGACGGAAGGAUGUACCGGCUUCACAAUGGAAAGCUGGAGCGCGUGGGGGCAGAUGAAAAGAUUUCGCCGGAAGGAGUUCAGGCAGCCCGGGAGAAGGUCAGGAGGGACUUGAUGUGGGAGGCGGACCGUGCAGCUGUCCGGCUGGGCAGAGUGUUAAAGAUUGGUGAUGGUGAUGGUGAUGGUGGCGGUGGUGGUGUGGGGAAUGGUGAUGGCAGGGGUGCUGUGCACAGUGCUCAGCUCAAAUCUUCUCAGGAUAUGAUAGAUGUGGCUGCUGGGGCUGCUGGGGGGGCUUCUGGGGGAGCCUCCGGGACUUCCGAGGCUGCCGGGGCUGCUGGGGCGCCUGGGCGGUGUGCUCGAGUGAUAUCAGUGCUGGAGGCGGCUCAGCUGCUGGCGGAACAACGGACACGGAUUCGAGAAUAUGAAGAGAAGAUCAUGGCAUCUGCAGGAGGUGGCACUUCUGACUUGAAGCGUACCAGUAGGUUGGACUUGAAUCCCCCCGAUCAUGACGAAGGUGCAUGGGUUGAAGAAGAUCCAGCAGAUGAUUUUGAGGAUGAUGAUGCUUUGGAUUGCGAGGAUGGGAGAGAGCUUUGA